AACGCUUAUCUGCCUAAAUUCUAAUCGCACUCCUCUAAACUAUAGUACCGGGUGUGUUAGAAAUGUGGGAAACAUUACAUUACAGUUAACCUGCACUACAUCGUACCGGAUCGAUCAGUGAAAUCGCUCCUAUCUUACCUCACGCAGAUAGGGAUGUCUUAUCAGUUUGUAUAACGCGCGUGAUAGCACGCCGUACACCUGUAGGUUCGGGGCUAGCGCUAGUGCAACUGUAGUCGUAAGUGUAACCUCUGCCGGGAAACAUAAGGAAUCAUCACGCUGCUCGAGAGCUGUGCGGAGAUAGUGCGGAAUAGGACGGACUGUAGCCAGAACCGUGUUACCCAAUAUUAUACACGAAAACAGCUAAAUCACUUCAAAUCGUUCAUCAUGGGAUGCAGUGAAAUCAUGCGCAAUCUCGGGGAGCUCAUAAUGAACAAUAAAUUGGUCACCUUCCUGAGUGUGGCCCUGUUUGCAUUCGUGAUCACUGUUAUAGCAUUAGCGGUGUCCAACAAUAACAAUGCUGACGAUUUAGAGCAAUGCCGGGCAGAUGUGGCAAGGCUCAUGCUAUUAACGUCGACUGCGGCACCGACAGUAACUCCGGAAACAACUUUAACACCUGUCACCGAGACGACCACCACCACUAUUGCACCCCCUGUUGGUCCAUGAAGACAAUCCUUACUGUAAUGUAUUGGCCAUUGUAUAAUAUGUGGUGCUUCCUGUGCCAAAGCUACCAGUGUGCUAAUUUUAACACUCGUAUUCCUUGCCCAUCGUUGUAUACUUCAAGUGAUUAAGGCAACGUUAGAAAAAGUAACAUCAGUAGGGUUAUUUGCUCAUACACACACAACUUCUGGCCAUCACACAGAUGGCCAUUUUUUUAAAUGGAGCGAUAACGAAGUCUAAGUUUUGUGAGUCACUAGUGGCAGCCGGGAAUGGGACUAGUGAUUCGUUAUCGUAAACAUGUGCAAUAGUUCUUUUAAACAAGUGUGCAGGAUAACGGCAACGUGUAAUGUAAGGUGAGCUACAAGAGUAGUUUCGAUUAACUGUACAGCACACCACUAUCAAUAAACGGCAGUAAAGUGCAUCAUAUAGA